AAAUAUUUGUCACCAAUUAAUGCAAAAAAGAAAGUAAAAAAAAAUAAAUAAAUAGAUAUACAAAAAUAUUAAUUGUCUGUUGAGGGUGGAGCUGAGUCCAAGAUGUGUGUUGUAAUCCGCUCAUGUUUGGUGACUGCCAACCUCAACAAAACAAGGAAGCUUCCAAAUCCAUGUCCAAAACACCACCUCCUCCUCCUCCCCUCUGUCCGGGCCCCGUCGUUUAUCUCUCCUCCAACCUCCCUCUCUUCUGCUCUCCUCUCUAUUCUCGUCGCUCUCGUCUUCCUUCAGAUUCGGAAGCAAUUCAUAAUUCUUGCCUAGUAUGCCACCGACGAGCUGACGGCGGAACAAAUCGGAGAGCAGAAGCAGAUCUAACGGAGGUGGGUUAGGCAAUGAAGCAAACGGCGGGGCAGCAUCCGAACCGCCGGCCAUACAGCGCCGCCGUGACGGGAGAGGCAGCCGCCCUCAGGCCCCCGAGCUUCCUCUUCUGGUCCGCCGUCCACGUCCUCUGCUGCCUCGUCUCCGCCGCCCUCGGCUUCCGCUUCUCCCGCCUCCUCUUCCUCCUCCUCUUCUCCCCUGCAUCCCACCAUCACAACCACCACCACCACGUCCACCACCUCCGCCAACCCCCCGCCGCCGUCAUCCCCUUCCCCCCGCCUCCGCGGCCGGACCUCCCUCCCCCUCCGCCCCCGCCCGCCGUAGCCGGCCGCGUCGGCGUCGGCCGUCACGGCAUCCGCGUGCGGCCGUGGCCGCGCCCGGACCCCGCCGAGGUCGCGCGGGCCCACGAGAUCCUCGUCCGCCUGCAGCAGGAACAGCGCCUCCGGUACGGAGUCAAGGAUCCCCGCCCCGUCAUCGUCGUCACCCCGACCUACGCCCGCACCUUCCAGGCCCUCCACCUGACCGGCCUCCUUCAUUCCCUCAUGCUCGUCCCCUACCCCCUCACCUGGCUCGUCGUCGAGGCCGGUGGCGUCUCCAACGAGACCGCAGCCCUCCUCGUCCAUUCCAGCCUCCCGGUGGUCCACCUCCCCUUCCACGAGGACAUGCCCGUCCUCUGGAACGACCGACACCGCUUCGAGGCCCGGAUGCGCCUCCGCGCCCUCAGAGUGAUCAGGGAACGGCGGUUGGACGGCAUCGUCGUGUUCGCGGACGACAGCAACGUCCACACCAUGGAGCUAUUCGACGAGAUUCAAAAGGUGCAGUGGAUGGGUGCGCUAUCGGUCGGAAUCCUGGCACAUUCUGCGGCUCCCGACGCAACGGCUAAAAGGCAGCAGAGAGCAAGCGAGCAGGAGACCUCGCCAUUGCCGAUCCAAGGCCCGGCGUGCAACUCCUCGGGCCAAUUGAUCGGCUGGCACACCUUCAAUUAUCUGCCGUAUGCCAAAAAAGCCGCCACCUUUGUCGGCGAUGGGGUGACUGUGCUGCCGACGAAGCUCGAGUGGGCUGGAUUCGUGCUGAACUCGAGAUUGCUGUGGAAGGAGGCGGAGGGGAAGCCGAAUUGGGCGCGUGAUCUUGAUGAGGUGGGAAUUAGCGGGGAGGAGAUUGAGAGCCCGCUGGAUCUGUUGAAGGAUGCUUCGUUCGUGGAGCCACUUGGGAACUGCGGGAAGAAGGUUCUGCUGUGGUGGCUACGGGCCGAAGCUCGCUACGAUAGCAAGUUCCCUAGUCGAUGGGUGAUAGAUCCCCCUUUGGAAAUUGUUGUUCCUGCAAAGCGAACUCCAUGGCCUGAUGCGCCUCCUGAUCUCCCAUAUCAAAGGAUUGCAAAUGAAGGUGGUCAUGUUGAAAAGCAUGUUUCAAAGAAAGUUCGAUCUUCCAGAUCAAAACGCAGCUCUCGCAAUAAAAAGAAGCAUGAGACACAUGUAGAUACACAGGUUUCCGAGAUGUCCAGCGCACAAGAGAAGUGAGAGUCCAGCAUAAGUAUUUCCCGACACAUUUCUAAGCGGCAACAGUGUGAAGUGGCUUGAUUUUAUACCAUUUAAAAGUAAUAUUGUCUUGCACACGGAGAGGCAACCGAAAUUCCAUUGGAAGUAGCUUCGCCAGGAUUUGUAAGCUCCGGAAGGUGUCCAGCAUUCAAGAUAUUGUUGUAUCAGAGAGUAACAAUUUGGUUCAUUGAUCUUCCUGGAUUUGCUGCUGGUGCUUCUCUCAUUCAUGAAGAUGAUCAUGGAAUGUAGGUUUACCUUCCGGUGAUGUGGUUUAGAAGAUGCUUUUCUACAUGUUGCUUGUAGGUGAAAUUUUAGCAGAUAUAAAUACCAGGUUUGUUCUAUUGUUUGUCGGAUUCAUCCAGCAGCACAAUUUACCCAUGACUGCUGUUGAUCGACAUCCUUGAGCUUUUACGUACUGUUGUAGCGAUCUUCUGGCCUCCUUUUAUCGUGUAAUACAUCAAAAUUAUGUUGAUUUUCCA